AUGGCAGAUGGUGGUGGAUGUAUGCUGACAUGUUCACUCCCACCCUGUUUGAUUGGGAUUCAUAGUAUAAUGUGAGUGGAUAGAUGAAUGAUGGUAGCCAUGGAUGGUUACUGGAUUUGAUUUUCUCUCCUACCCCAUUGCAUUUGCUUUCAUAGGAUGUGAAUGAUAUUGUGGCAGCAUCUGUUGUAGGAAAAUGUGCAGGUCUUCCCAUGUAGUCUGCCUUUUUCUUAUUCCUCCACCUGUAUCUCUCAGCAUGUUACAACCCAUCAAACAUAACAGCACUUCUAUCUCCAUCCCUGCAUUGUCCACAUCACAGCAGCAUCCCCUGAAGGCACUUGUAGAACAUGGCAUUGGUUGUGUAAUUGUCUUUGAAUACUUAUUUUUCCAGUUGCAGGUCAAGGAUAGGGGUACUACAAGGGGGGAUUUGCCACAGCAUCUGACACUGAUUGUCCAAAAAUAUCAGAAAUCAGGUGUCCAAGAAAUUGUUAAUGCAUGCAUUGCAGAAGCCUUCCAGCAACAUGGUGAAUGGGUGGAUGAUUUAUACCCCAAGCUUGUGGGUAUGGCACAGGCACAGGCACACCAGAUGUCAAAGAAAUUCCUGGAAUGAAAAAAAAAAAAAAAAAAAAAAAAAUAUAUAUAUAUAUAUAUUCAGCUCU